AUGGGCGCCAAGCAGUCGCGCGUGGUGACGCCAGAGACGGCAGCAGAGCUGCGCCCUGAGGACGACUACGAAGCGGAGACGCGGACCUCUAUUCGUCUUACGCCGGCGCUCAUUGACCAGAUCAAUGGCACCCACGGGGCGGCAAACAAGGCCAAGCAGGCAGUCAGCGGGCUCACUCCGCAACAGCAGGAGUUUGUGAAGAACCAGCUGCAGUCGGCCUACGCCAAGGGCGCUGAGGACUACCGCAAGAAGAUGGCGGCCGAUCCCGAGAAGCAGCAGAAGGCUGCGACUGCGCUGAGUCCCGCGAAGCAGGCCCAGCUUGCGAAAGAGCAGGAAGAGCGCGAGCACCAACGCGUGGAGCAGCUCGUGGUGGCGAUUCGCAAGAAAAAGUACCGCGCACCAUUGCGAGACGUGCAGUGUUCGUCUGAGCGCGACGCGUGCUUGGAGUGCUACCGAGACGAGAAGAGCAAUGUCUUGAACUGCAAGGAAGUGGCCGACGCUUUUGUGCACUGCGCUCGGCAACACACUGAGACCUUUGUGGGCGAGAACUGA